UCUCGGUCCUCGAGAGCGUACCAGAGCUAUGAACUGUCUAGAGAGAGAAGUUCUCGCCAUUGGACUGUAACCCCAAGGACCAGGUUGCGCCUCUUGAUGGAAUCCCUCGAUGCUGUGAUUCUGGCUAGUUAUGAGUCAUCUCAAGGAUAUAUAAACUAAGCCUACAAGUUCUAAUACCAAGUCUUACGUUGUCUCGACUUUCAACUAGUUCUCUACCGUGUUAACGACCUCUGCUUAGAUACUGAGUCGUGAAUCCUCAAUUGUCAGCGCAUCAGAGACAAUGGGGCGGACUCUAACAUACCCGAAGCGGCCGUCGAACACGGUCAACCGCUACAAGCACCGAGCAACCUAUGAUCUAGGUGCCAUUCAUGCCAUCAUAAACUCCUCUCAGGUCCUCCAUGUAUCCUUCAGUCCCGACCCGUCGGAGCCAUUCCCUGCAAUAUUGCCCAUGAUCGGACAGAUGGGCUCAUUCGAUUACCCGUCAGCUAGCAUCGACGAGCCGCUUGAUUGCUAUCUUCAUGGUUAUGUCAGCUCUCGGAUCAUGAAUCUGGCCCGAAAUGCUGAAGGAGAAGGGCUACCUGUUUGCGUGGCUGCCAGCAAAGUCGAUGGGUUGAUCUUGUCUCUGACACCGAACUCCCAUAGCUAUAACUAUCGCUCAGCUAUUCUUCAGGGGUACGCUAAGUUGGUCACUGAUGAAGCCGAGAAGCUCUACGCGAUGGAGCUUAUCACCAAUUCGGUUCUUUCGGACCGUUGGGCACAUACGCGCGUCCCUCCAGACCGUGCAGAGAUGUCUUCGACCGUCAUCCUGAAGGUCAAGAUCAUGAGUGGCAGUGGUAAGAUCCGAGAUGGUGGCGUCUCAGAUGAGAAGAAAGAUACAGGCGAUGCGGAGGUUACCGACCGUGUUUGGACUGGGGUAGUCCCCGUUUGGGAGACGUUUGGCGAGCCUGUUCCUAGCCCUGGAAACAAGGUUUCCGAGGUGCCAAGCUAUGUGAAGUCCUUUGUUGCCGCGAAGAAUGAUGGGAAUCGCGCUUAUGCGGAGAAGGCCAUUGGGAUCGAGCUUCCAGUGGAGGAACAACAUUGAGCCUGAUAAGCGAGAUUAAUGCCUUCUUGUCUCUUUUGUGCUCAUGUUUUUGAGCGUAUAUGUCUUGAUUUACUGCUUUAAGGCAAUCUAAACGAUGCUGUGAUGACAAAAACAUGUUUGAAGAAUCGAUACCCCGCCUAAUUCUGACCCUGCGGGGUAUUGUAGUCGCUGCACGCCGCAGUGUCGCUACAAUCUCCAGCCCAGACUUCGCAAGGAUAUGCAAGUGUUUCUAUUACUGAAUUCCUGAGAAUCCAACUAAACCUCCUCAUGCAUAUUUGGAUCGACCUUCUGUUUGGCCCUUUAAUGGAACUAUUACCUAGGUAUGAUCGCAAACAUAAAUGGUUUAGUUAGAUGCGACCCCACGUCAUC